UAUGACUUCAAGGAACAGGAACUAAAGGACAAAUACUUUUUACUUUGCUAAAUGGCUGAACUAGUUACAAUAUAGCUAAUGGUAAUGGUUUUUGUUGAGGACCGCAUUAUGUAAAGAUCUUAUAAAGUGAUAUGAAAGUCGGACGCAGGAAAUCCUCAGGAGGCGUAACAAGCAACAGCGAAUCAAACGUUGAGUAACAGUACAACACGUUAGCGGUUAGCUAGCUAGUCAUUACAGUGCAAUUAACCUUAUUUUUCUCACAGACUUAAUUCAUCUUGUAGUAUGUUCGAGUGAUGUUGACCUUUUGUUUACAUGUAAUUUAUUGCGCAGACUCUUACGUGUAAUCUUGUUUGCUGUCGAAACAGCUAAGGAAGCUAACGGUAACAAUGUUAGCAAACUGUGCUAGCAGUAAGUAGCUGACCUAACUAAGGUGAACUUGUCAACUAAGUCUCUUAACCUAGUUGAAAAGUCUCAUUUUAGGCAGAUACCAGUUAGUCAGAGUUAGCUCUUUCGGGUCAGUGUCAUUAGUUUAGCUGCUCUUUCCAGUGAUCUGUCGGUACUGAAAUGGUACGGACUGACUGGCUUCCUUGAACGCAUAUCAAAAGGUUAUGCCUCCAGGCGUUGUUUUAAUAAAUUGAUGAAUUUAGUCAAGAAAAGAUUGGAUAAAAUAGAAAGACUAAGCCGGAAGACAUAUGUUAAAAUGAAUAUAUCACAGUGUUGAAGAUUUCCUUUCCCUCGUGAAAAUUUUUUACAUGUUGAACUGAUGUGCGCAUGAUACAACGAGGAAUCGACUUGAAGCGAUGCGUGUUACCUCUUUUUGAAUAAGAUUGACCCUUUCAGUGGAUCGCAGCUUGAUUAAACAACAACAACAAAAAUGUCCGUUAUAUACUCCAAACUACCACCUCAACUGAAGAAAACUUCGGCGAUGAGAAAAGCUGUACUUCUUCUCGUCGCUGCAUACGGUUUUAGAAAACUUUACCCUGUAAUUCGUACCAAAUUGAUAGGACGGACUGAGAGGCAGACUCGGGGAGCACUCUCACUUGAUUCAAGCGGUGGACACAAGGAAGUGACAGAAAAGGGGAAAAGAAAAAGCAAUUCCCCGGCUGUAAACCGUGAAUUUCUGGAACGGUUAUGUAGUCUCCUCCGCAUCCUCUUCCCUCAGCUCUUCUGCAAAGAACUCGGUCUGCUGGGCAUCCACUCUGUCGCCCUGAUCUCCCGCACCUUCCUCUCUAUCUACGUCGCCAGCCUGGAUGGCAAGAUCGUGAAAACUAUUGUGAAGAAAGAUCCACAGGCCUUUAUUUGGGAGCUAACUAAAUGGCUACUGAUUGCCAUCCCUGCAACCUUUGUCAACAGUGCCAUCCGAUAUCUUGAGGGCCAGCUUACCUUGGCCUUCCGUACCAGGCUCGUCACCCACGCUUACCAGCUGUACUUCAGUGACCAGACCUAUUACCGCGUCAGCAACAUGGACGGCAGACUAACCAACCCUGACCAGUCACUAACUGAGGAUGUAGUUAUGUUUGCUGCUUCUGUAGCUCAUCUGUACUCCAACCUGACCAAGCCCAUCCUGGAUGUGGUGAUGACAUGCUACACUCUUAUCAAAACUGCUGAAUCUAAAGGGGCUAACACCACCUGGCCCUCUGUCAUCGCCGGCAUUGUAGUGGCGGUCACGGCCAAGGUGCUGAGGGCAUUUUCCCCACGCUUUGGCAAACUGGUGGCUGAGGAGGCCAAGAGGAAAGGUGAUCUGCGCUACAUGCAUUCACGCAUUAUUGCAAACUCAGAGGAGAUUGCCUUCUAUGGUGGACACAAGGUGGAAAUGUCUCAGCUGCAGCGCAGUUAUAAAGCAUUGUCGUCCCAGAUCAACCUGAUCCUGUUUAAGAGGCUGUGGUACGUAAUGCUGGAGCAGUUUCUCAUGAAGUAUCUGUGGAGCGCCUCAGGCCUGGUGAUGGUGGCAGUGCCAAUCAUAACUGCCACCGGAUACUCAGAGAACGAUUCUGAGGAUGUGAAACAGGCUGCCAUGGUGAUGAAAGAGGAAGACCUGGUCAGUGAACGCACACAGGCCUUCACCACAGCCAGGAAUCUUCUGAAUGCUGGAGCAGAUGCUGUGGAGAGGAUCAUGAGCUCCUACAAAGAGGUGACGGAGCUUGCUGGCUACACGGCGCGCGUCUUUGAGAUGUUCGAGGUCUUCGAGGACGUCCGGGCCGGAGUUUACAAACGAUCCGCCGGAGCUCAGAGCGGGGAGUCCGGGGGUAUGAAGGUGGUGAAGCACGGCAUGAGGGUGGAGGGGCCCCUGCAGAUCAGAGGUCAGGUGAUUGAUGUGGAGCAGGGAAUCAGAUGUGAGAACCUGCCGAUCAUCACUCCGACCGGUGAUGUGGUGGUGUCCAGUCUGAACAUACAGGUGGAUGAGGGGAUGCACCUGCUGAUCACUGGGCCUAAUGGCUGUGGAAAGAGUUCUCUGUUCCGGAUCCUCAGUGGUCUGUGGCCUGUCUACAGUGGUGUCCUGUACAAACCUUCUCCACAGCACAUGUUUUAUAUUCCUCAAAGGCCAUACAUGUCAGUUGGUACCCUGAGGGACCAGGUCAUUUACCCUGAUACCACGCAGGAGAUGGAGGAGAAAGGUUUCACUGAUGCCCAGCUGGAGGACAUUCUUCAGAUUGUCAACCUGCGUUACAUUCUGGAAAGAGAGGGAGGCUGGGAUGCAGAGAGUGACUGGAAGGAUGUGUUGUCUGGAGGGGAGAAACAGCGCAUGGGCAUGGCCAGGAUGUUCUAUCACAAACCGAAGUAUGCUCUCCUCGACGAAUGCACCAGUGCUGUUAGUAUAGAUGUAGAAGGGAAAAUUUUUGAAGCUGCCAAAGAUGCUGGGAUUGCUCUUCUGUCAAUCACUCAUCGCCCAUCCCUGUGGAAGUACCACUCACACCUGCUGCAGUUUGACGGCGAGGGCGGCUGGCGCUUUGAAAAGCUAGACGCCUCCACGCGCCUCUCCCUGCAGGAUGAGAAGAUACGCCUAGAGACACAGCUCGCUGGAAUUCCCAAGAUGCAACAGCGUCUCACGGAGCUGUGCCGCAUUCUGGGGGAAGACAGCUCCCUGCCAAACACGGCAGAGGGAGAGAGGGAGGGAACGGGGGAGCAGCAGCAUCAGGAGAAGGAGGAGGAGGAAGAGGAGGAGGAGAAGAAGAAAGAGGAUGUGGUGGUGGAUGAACAGGGCAAAGGCCUCACGGAGUGAUUUGUUGGACGACAAAAACACGAGGCCGGCCGCCUGUAAUGUUUGUGUGUGGACGAAUAGACCUCAGACAUUUAAUGUGUGAUAUAAAAAAAGAAAGAAAAAAAAAAUAUCAGAUCAGGAGGAUUUCAAAAGAACCAUCAGAGGCCUUAGCUAGCUCUACAAAGAUAGCGGUGCGACGUGUGUGUUUGACCGUGAGGGUUAACGGUCUGGGCUGUGUGAACUGGAGGAGGAGAGAGAGAGAGAGAGAGAGAGAGAGAGAGAGAGAGCGAGCGCUGCCAACUCUGCCAGGUGCUGCUGAUGAUGAAAGCACCCAUGAAAGCUGUCUCUCCCCUGUUAUGGCAAUUCUCCACAGAAUUUCAGCAAAUCUGUGCUACGCAUACUGCUCAGGGGGCACACAGGAGAGGGCUGCAGUUAGACAACUAACUCUAGUACUGUAUCUCACCAUCACGCGUGGCGUAUUCUAACACUUUUCCUGACCUCUGUAGAAUGAUAACUUUAUAGAGGUCACUACUGAGUGCUGUCGUUUUCACCAUGUGCCAUAUUGUAGAGAUGAUUCACCGAAGAGAGGGCGUAUUUUAACCACCUGAUUAAUAACCACCGCUGUAAUUAACUUCAGAUGUUUUAUGAGAGCUUUAUGGAUAUUUUGUGUAUUGGCACAGAGUUUUAAGAGUGGAGUAAUCACUCUUGAAUGU